AUGGCACUGUUUCCAGCUUUUGCAGAAGUUUCCAGGGACAAAGUUGCAGACUCGUCCAGUGAAUUGAACUGGCUGAACAAUAAGAGUUUUCAGACUAGCGAUGCCCUGUCCCUUCACAGUCGCUUUUUAGAGAAGAAAACUUCUGUGUGAAGCGACGCCUCUUCAGAGGACGGUACACAAGAAAAUGAGGAUAGCGUGCCAGUAAAGAAAAAGAAGCAUGAAAAGCAUGGGAAAAAAAAGAAAAAACACAAAGAAAAGAUUCAAAGGUCAACAGAAAGCAUUGGUUCAGACUCUGAACCAAUCUUCCCAAGUGAUCUCAAGCGGAAAGAACUCGAUAGGCCACAGGCUGCUCCAAUAGCAAGUUCUUUCUCAUGGUUGGACGACAUCCAGUCCACCAUAACACAGCCAUUCUGUGUCGACUCGAAAUCUGAUGCUUCCAACUGGACGUACAAGUCUCUCUACAGGGGAGAUGUAGCGAGAUACAGGAGAAAAGGCAGCUCAACACUGGGCCUGGAUCGCCGCAGACAAGAAGUAAGCUGGGAGGAUGCCAAAAAGAAACGUAAAGGGAGAGACAAGCAGAAAGGAGAAGACAGAUAUUUUUCGAGAGUGUGUCGUCAGCUGCUCAGAUCGCAACUACCCCUGCUGACAUUACCAAGAGUUCCUGAAAGCAGUCAUAUCACCAAAUCCAGUGUUUUUCUUUCACUGGAGGACAAUGAGGGAGAGAAAAAAGAAGAGGCAGGUGUAAGAAUACAGACGUCAUCAGUGAAUCCCCUUGGCGUGUACGACUCCACCACCGCUCUCUGGCUGCAGGGGAAGGGAAAGCAAGAACAGAUAGAUCCCGACGACAAGCCUAGCUUGGAGACUGGGCAGGAAGUUGUGCUUCAAAUGGGCCAGACUGAAGAGUUUAACAGGAAACUGAGAGAGACACCCGAAGACACGCAGCUCUGGUUGAAGUUCAUUAGAUAUCAGGACGAACUGAGUGAGACUGUAUUUGGAGGUGAAGAAGACCAACAGAGCAAAGAACUGGAGCGCCCCAAGUCCUCGUACAAAGCUGUGCUGGAGAAAAAACUGAGCAUUGCGGAGCGGGCCGUUGCCACAAACCCCAGCUGUGUCGCUCUGCAGCGGGAGAGGCUCCGAAUCUGCCAAGAGCUUUGGGAACCAUCAGCACUGGCUAAAGAAUGGAAAAAACUGGUCUUUCUCCACCCUAAUAGUGGCCCCCUGUGGAAGGAGUAUCUCCUCUUCACCCAGAGUUACUUCAGCAACUUUAGUGUGUCAAAGGUUAACACUGCGUAUGGGAAGUGUCUCAGCAUGCUCAGUGCUGUGCGGGAUGGCAGCAUGGUGUCCCACCCUGCGCUGCCGGGGAUUGAGGAGGAUAUGCUAGAUAUAUUUAUUCAACAAUGCCAUUUCCUCCGUCAGUGUGGACACUCAGAGAAGGCGUUCUCUCUCUUUCAAGCCAUGGUUGAGUUUACAUUCUUCAAACCUGACAGUGUACAACAACUGUCCACUAAGCAACAGGCUGAAUUCUUUGAGCCAUUCUGGGACAGCGGUGAGGCAAGAGUUGGGGAGUGGGACGCCAGAGGUUGGAAAGCAUGGAUGAUCCAUCAGGAGCGAGGGGGAUGGGUGCAGCCCAGUGCAGAUGAAGAAGAAGAGGAGGAGGAGGACGAAGAGGAGGAAGUCAAGGACCGUAGCCAGCCUAGAUGGACAGUGUGGCUGGACGUUGAGUCAUCACGUGAGGCUGCACAUUGGUUACCGUGGAGGCCGGAAAAAAACAAGGGCCAAUCAGAAGAUGACUGUGAUGACCCAGAGAGGCAGGUGCUGUUUGAUGACAUCGGCCCUUCUCUAAUUUGUCUCUCCUCGUCAGAGCUCCAGCUCCGCCUCCUUCUCAAUUUCCUGUCUUUUUUGGGGCUGCCAGUCGAUAAUGUGCUUUCUGCUGGCAAUUGUCUUCCUGGCCUGUUGCUGGAGGAACUCGCUCUGCUCACUCAGGGAAGUGACUCCCGACAUGCUCUGACUUCCCACAACCUACCUAAUGGAAUGAGCUCUGUUGGUCACAUGACCACACUUCAGGGAACCAGGAAAUGGACAGGGCUUGGAAAGCAGGGCGAGAAGUUUGUCAAUACAAUGUUUCAUAUGCUUCAACCUGUCCUUUCAUCUCAACACCGAACUAUCCUGUCACUCAGUCGGAUGCAGUAUGAGAAACUUAAGGUGUUUCGUUGCUUGAACGACAGCAAAAAACGUCUCCGUUCUCAGAGCAAAAUCAGCAAACGGAUCGCCAAAUCACUACUGAAAGAACCUGACAACCGCUCAUCUUUGGCAAUGUGGCGAGAGUUCGCCCACAUGGAGUGGUUGCUCGGUAACGUUGAAGAAGCUCGGAAAGUGUUUUCUACAGCUACGGCUUUAGGCGGGGGCAAAGGGCUGUGUAACCCUUCCCUCUGUGAGUUGUGUCUGCUGUGGGCUCAACUGGAGGUGGAGUAUGGAGCAAAUGGGCCAGGAGGGGUACUCAACGAAGGAGGCGCAUCACCGGCUGUGUGCGUGCUCACCAAACUCGCCUCGGGGAGCACCUUAUCAUCAUCAUCACAGCCCGUCUCGCCGGUUGCCAUCCUCAAGGCCAGGAAGUUGUAUGAACAAGCUCUGACUGCCAGUUUGUCUGCACUUGAUCAAGACCUCUGCAAUGCUCAUGCCAACGAAAAAGGCCCUCCUAAAGUGAGAUUGGGAGGCCUGUUAGGAUGCUAUGCUUUGUUUCAAUAUCUCACUAUGGGCAUCAAAGCGGCAAGUGCGGUCUACACCCAGAACAGAGAACGAAUGGAGGAGCUGCAGGGCAAGCUCGAGUCUGAAAAACUUUUUGCCAGUAACCUGUUGGUUAGCAGGAUGGCUUCUGAAUGUGAGAUAUUGGCGGUGCAGCAGGCAUCAUUGCUCAAGUACCACAUCGGCAUCGGUGUGUUUCCACUGGCGACACUGAGAGACACACUCACUUCUGCCCUUAUAAGAUGGCCUAGCAGUGCUCCUCUCUGGAGCAUAUAUGUACAGGUGGAAAACCGUUACCAUAGCGCUGGUCGGGCGCGCCGCUUUUUUCAUACUGUGACAAGGGAAAAUGCCAGUAUAGUGCCACGGCUAUUUGCUAUUGUUGCUGAACAACAGAGGAAACAGUUGGUGGAUGCAGCACAGAGGUCCUCUGACAAAAGCGCCGCCUUGAGUGUGCUGCCUGAGAAUGGUCUUAGCAACCGUAUCCGUGGACUGUUUGAAAGCGCUGUAGGAACUGAAAUGGGGGCUCACUGUCCUUUACUUUGGAGGAUGUACAUACACUACCUGGUGUCAGAGGGCAAGACGGAUAAAGCUAAGGGGCUCUUCUACAAAGCCUUACAAAAUAUUCCCUGGGUGAAGGGCUUGUACAUGGAUGCAGUGCAGCUGUUUCAUGACCAUCUACAAGAGUUUGUAGAUCUGAUGACGGAGAAAGAGCUGCGAGUCAGGUUGCCAUUGGAAGAACUCGACAUACUGCUGGAAGACUGA